AUGGCGUCGUCGAGCACGGGCCAGAACGUAGAUCUCCAGAGGAUUCCUACGUGGGACGGCAAGGCGGAGACGCUGGACGAGUACCAGGCCGAGGUGGAGCUUCUCGCUCUUUCGACGAGGGAAGAGGACAGGAAGCUACUCGGUCCGCGACCAGUUCAGGCGCUGCCGAAGAACACCACGCACAGGAAGCUGGCCCUGCGACUAUCGCGAGUGGAGAACGAGACGGAUUCGAUCGUCGGCGAGAAGGGCCCCGACAACUUGAUCAAGGCGUUUCAGAGGAGCUUAGGGAAGCAGGCCUCGAGCGACGUGGUGGACAAGGUCUUCUCGCACUACUAUGACCGGAAGACGGCAGGACCACGCGCGAGGAGGCUUGGUCAGACGAUCGGACUCCACGCGGAGCAUGAGGAGGACGCCUACCAGGAGAUGGAGAAGAGCGCGCGGGCGAUCUGCCCAGACUUGGAGGAUUUGGAUCUCAUCCCAGACGAGCUGCGUGGCAUCAUCGGCUUGGUGAAUGCGAACUUGGACCCAAGCGAGCGGGCCAGGGCGGCGGCAGGACUACACGACUGGAAUAUUGAAUCAGUCAUCGAGAAGCUGAAGUACGCGUGGGCCGACAAGGAAGACGACGUGGAGGAGGAGCCGAGCUACUUCGAGGAGGAAGCCGACGAGGUAGACGAGGCGGACAUCCACUACGAGGGGCAGGAGGUCGACAAGGAGGACCUCGAGGCUCUGGAGGCCUACGCCGAGGACGCGGAGGUGCACGCGCAGGACGCCCACUGGACCUUCACGGAGACAAAGAGGCUGCUGGCGGAGGCUGCGAAGAAUAGGAGCGGCUACUUUCCAGUGAUCGGGAUCGGCCAGAUCCCCGAGAAGCAGUUCAAGGAUCAGAAGACGAUCAACACGGCGAAGGCUCAGAGGAGACCCCCCAAGGGUAAGGGCAAGGGCAUCAAGUGCCUGAUCUGCCAGGGACCUCAUCGUGCCGUGGACUGUCCCAAGCGAGGCAACACGGGCAACGACGGCAACAACAUGCAGAUGGCCGCCCAGGGCUUCGUGGACGCCGAGGACGACGUCGAGAACAACUACGGCAAUGAGGGCAACGCUCCCGAGGACGGUCAAGCUGGCUGGGUACACGAGGAGAUGGUUGGCUACGCGAUCAUCGACACGGGAGCCUCGAAGAGCAUGAUCGGGAUCGACCUGGCCGCAGCCAUCCAGCAUCCGGUGGCGCUGGUCGAAGACGACAACAAGCUGCGGUUCGACCUGGUCGAGGCGAAGUCCCCGAUGCUUCUGGGCCUGGACUACCUGGAGAAGGCUGGAGCGGAUUUGAUCAAGGAGAGGUCCGCCCUG